CAUCGCGGAGGACGGUGAGAAUGAGGACCAGUUCCUCAUGAAGCCGAUCCUGUAGUGGGGCCGCGCAUAGAAGUUGCCCAUGUAAACCUGCACCACGCGGCGUCAGCCUCGGCGGUUAUCGUGAGCAGGUUUACGAUGGAUGGUCUGGGCAUACUACUGAUCCAGGAGCCAUGGGUCAAUAAAGGAGAGGUCAGGGGCCUCAAAAUGGAGUCAAAUAAGAGUUCCUAACAUAGGACGCUGUACAAGCCAGGAACGACGAAGGAGCGGACUUCGUCGUGGCAGCGGCCUAUUUUCCGGGGGAGACUCCGAAAGCGCCCCCAGAGGCAGUCGGCAACCUAGUGGAGUACUGCAGAUGGAAUAAGCUGCCCCUCAGCAUGGGCUGCGACGCUAAUGCCCACCACACCAAAUGGGGCAGCACGGACUGCAACACACGGGAUUGGCCGAUCAAUAUUGAAUACUUGCGAAUAAUUUGUGACAUGGAUCGCCAUUAACAUUACAUGGCACAGGUUUAUUAAGUAUCGCGAUCACGGAUCCCUAACUUAAUAAUUGAACGUGUAGAGUCUACUUAGUAAAAAGUCGUCAUCUACCUUUGGUCUUCAUAUUAUUUUACAGCAGUUUGCCGGAGGUAAUAAUUAAUAAUGAAUAUAGAUGAUGAAAAAUUUGAUGGAUUGCUCUUAGCAAUAGCCGAAAAGCAUGAAAAUGGAAUUCCUCAGUUUUUAGAUACAAUUGCGAGCUUCUUGCGACGAAAAACUGAUUUCUUUACGGGUGUAUCUCAAGCAGAAUGGGAAGGAUUGCUGUUAGGUGUUUUCCAAAAGCAAUAUGAAAAAGCAAUUACACAAAACUCGGGGAAUGGAAACCAAUCUGUGACAAAACAGGAUAAUCGGAAGGCCGAAAAUAUUGCUAAACGGGAAUCCAGAGAUGAGGAAAAUGCUCCUAAAGAAGAGAUUUCAAAACCAAUAAAUGAUGUAGAUGAUGAAUCUGAGAAAGAAGAAAUUGGCAAACUCAAACCGAAUUCGGGAAAUGGCUGCACUUUGGAUAACUAUUCAUGGACGCAAACUCUGCAAGAAGUUGAGGUUAAAAUUCCUCUGAAGACUUCGUCAACUUUGAGAGCUAGAGAUAUUGAUGUCAUAAUAGGAAAAUCUUCAAUAAAAGUUGGUUUAAAAAACCAAGAAGCUGUAAUUAACGGAAAACUUUGUGCAGAAGUGAAACAAGAGGAUUCGGUUUGGGUGUUACAGGACAACAAUAUUGUUCUUAUUACGCUAGAAAAG